AUGGCAUCUACAGUUGGCUGUGGCGACAAGAAUUUUGAGGAGCGUGUUCUAGAUCGCUACCCAGAUUUACUGCGAAGCCUCAACGUCGAUAGAGUAUUGUAUCCUCUUUUUGAAGUCGGCGCUCUCACUAAGAAGGAGUUCGACGACAUUUCGGACGUUCGUUCUCGUAGUGAUCAAGUAGAGCGUUUAUUGGAUGUCUUGUCUCAUGGUCCGUCAGGCACGUUUGACAAGUUCUGUGCUGUGAUGGAUAAAGAGCGAACACGUGUAGCUGAGGCAGGAUUUCUACAAGAGCAAGCACACGUUUCUGAUCGGCAAGAUCUGAAGACAGCAUCACAAGCAGGUACUCGUGAGGAGGGACGAACUGCUCUUGAUAAACAUUUUGAAGCAAAAUCAGAUGUUCAGAGGAAAGAAAAGGAGGAAGCACCAGUUACUCAAUCAAAUAUAGGGAAGAUAACGGAAACAACACCCACAGCACCAGAGAAAGUUGCUGAACCAGUGACAGUAGUUGCAGAAAACAUUGGGACUGAAGGAGGACUAUUGCAAUCAGGUAGUGUGUCAGUAUUGGUACCUGACGGUGCAGUUUCUCUUCCUACCACAUUCUCUGUUGCCACAUAUCUGGAUGAACAAGUGAUGCCACCGGUCAAUAAAGAAGAGGUGGUGGUCAGCCCUGUGGUUCACAUCUCCACAUCACAAUCUUCUCAUAAGUUUAACAAACCCGUGCAGCUUUCUCUUCGACCCGAGGUAGCACUGAAACCAAAGGAGCACGAAAACGCAUGGCUGUUGGAGCUGAAGAUGAGCGAGUCGUCAACUGAAGGCAAGCCUUCUGAAUGGCACACUGUGCUGCAACUCAACACCGACACAGAAGUAGUGGAGACACACUCACCAUCCAUUCGUUAUGAUUCAAACACUCAAACACUGUAUGUCAAUGAUGUCGGUUACAUGGUAUGGCUUGGCAAGGCACUUGGCAUCCAAUCUAUGCGAGACGUACGCUAUGCUCUAUUUGGCCAACAGCUGCAGCUACACAAUUGGAAGAUUGCCGCACUCGUCAUCCAUGGCGCAAUGUCCACCUACAAUGAAAUAGCUGAAAAUAUGAAAUCAAAGUCUUAUGAAGAGCUAACAGUUCCUAUCAAGGAUCGCAUUAGUUUGGAAGGUAAAGUGCGCAUGUCAAUUGAAUGUUGUGACCCAUGGCAAAUGGGUUUGGGAAAAGCAGUCAUUCACAUUCCAACUAGACGCAUUUGGAAUAGUCGAAAGGAUGCUGCAUGCUAUUACGAGUUCACAUUACAAGAUAGAAAGAGAAGCUCUGACACUCUACAGUUUACAGUUGAGGCUUCAUUUGUGCAUGACAAGCAAGAAAAAUUUGAUGACCCUUGUGAUCCUCUCACUUUGAUUGUGGCUCAUCCGUUGACUAAAGUACCUCGUACUACUGAAAUAGCAACAGGUGAUAGGCCUGCACUUGACACAGUACUGGAUGUUGAUGAUGAUGAUGAUAUUUCACAGUAUGCUAAAGAAGUCGGAUUGUGUAUCACGCUCAAGCCUCCAAACAGCGCAUGGCGACUCUCCACGGUGAGCGAUUCACCACGUUCACACUCUCCAAAUCUCAAGAGGACUUCAGCAUGUGGAAAGUCUGCAAUCAAAUCUCUAAAACUUGGAAAAUCUGUUGGUCUUGAUGGUCUUGCAGAUGAGUUUUAUCAAGAGGAGAUGAUACUUUUACAAAGGAAUUGUCAAGGUUAUCUUACACAUCAGGGAUACAGCAAUUGUACCAAAGGACCUGAAACAUGUCCAAAUAAUCACAAUCUACAAGAGAAAGGGUGA